CCGCCCCUCGCCGAGCGACCCGACCUCUCCCCGGCCCGGCCCGGCCUCGGCCUCGGCGGGGUGCGGGAGCCCCGUCCCCCCCAGUCCGGUCUCGGGAGCCAGGGCCGGGUUUCCCUCAUGUGCGGCCCGGGCCCUCCGCGGGCGGCGCUGCUCCUCCUGGGCUGGCGGCUCUCAGCGCUCUGGGCCGCGGCGGCCGUGGAGAUCUACACGUCGGGGGCGCUGGAGGCCGUCAACGGCACGGACCUGCGGCUGAAAUGCACCUUCUCCAGCUUCGCCCCCGUGGGCGACGCCCUGACCGUCACGUGGAACUUCCGCCCGCGGGACGGGGGGCCCGAGCAGUUCGUGUUCUACUACCACGUGGACCCCUUCAAACCCAUGAGCGGGCGGUUCAAGGACCGGGUGGUCUGGGACGGCAACCUCGACCGGUAUGACGUCUCUAUCAUCCUGUGGAAGCUGCAGUUCGAUGACAAUGGGACGUACACCUGCCAGGUGAAGAACCCACCGGAUGUGGAUGGGCUGGUGGGGACGAUCCGGCUCAGUGUGGUGCAGACGGUGACCUUCUCUGAGAUCUAUUUCCUGGCUCUGGCCAUUGGCUGUGCCUGUGCGCUGAUGAUCAUAAUAGUAAUCUCGGUCGUCCUCUUCCAGCACUUCCGGAAAAAGCGACGGGCUGAAAGAGCUCAUAAAGUGAUGGAGAUAAAAUCAAAAGAAGAAGAAAAGCUCAACCAAGAACACAAGGUCUCUGUGUUUUUAGAAGAUACAGACUAACAUUGCUAGAGGAAGCUGAAGAAUUCCAACAACAAGGAUCCAAACAUUCCUUGAAGUUAAUAUUGCUUGAAGUUAAUGGAAAUUUUCUUUUGGCUUUUCCUGUUAUGAUCCGUCUUCCUACAAUUUCUGCAGUGCAUACCCACCUGAUACGCAGUGUUCCCUUGCAGGAAGCAUAGGGCUUUUUGAGCAAACAUGACAAGACUCACACAGACUCAUGAGAAACAUUUUAUUUAAUUUAGAAUGUGAAUUGUUUUCCAAAUGUUUCCUGAUAGUUUGUAAACUAAGAAGCUAAGAUUUUGCCUUUAAACACUCCUGGAGAAUGACUUUGUGUGCACAUGUAUUCUGGUGUUGGAGGGGAUAAAAGCCACUUGUUUGCAGUUUCCUUACACAUAUUGGUUUCUUUAGAGCAGCAAUCCUGCUACUAAAAUUAGUAUUUACUCUUCUACCUCCUUAGACCUUUGAUUAAAAGGUGAGCUGUGUCUCCCAGUUUUGAUUGACAGUAAAUCCAAAAUUUAAACCACUAAUUUUCAAUGUAUUCAAUAUAUUUUGUUUUAUUGAGUUUCUUUCAGUAUUCCAGGUAGAAAGUCUUUUCUUUCUUUUAUUUAUUAUUUUGUGGUGGUUGUUUGUCAAUCCAAGGUUUACAAUAGCACAAGGUUGACAUUAGAAAAGGUAUCAAUAAUCAAUGGCAAAUGUCACCUCAGGAUGAAUCACUCAUCACCUUUUUUCUGUAUUGGGAAAAAUACAAUGUAGGUUUACAAUCUACAGUGUAGGUCUUUCAGACACAAGUAGUGACUGUAGCUUACUAUGUCCCUACCAUGUAUGUAUUUAAUCUGCACUGAAGGAGUUGACUAUAUGCUCACUGCAGACUGGAAUUAUUUAGCAGUUUACUGGAAGGAGUGUGAACCAGUAUGUUAUAACUCAAAAAAAUUUAAGGCUAGUGAAAAAAGACCAACUCCAAAUGGUGAGUUUUGUCCAGCAUUACACAAAGCUCUGAAGCUGGAAGAGAUUUUUUUUUUCUUUUAGUUAAAAUUUUAUUUUGGUUGUAAUUUAUUUGCUUAAAGGAUUAACAGUUUGGUAUGGAGCAAAGAAACUGCAAAAAUACUGUAACUGAGCGAAACUAUUCUUUUGCCCAUAAAUUUGUAGAAAUAGCAAACUUUAUAAGUGGGCUUUGGAGAGAUAAGUGCUUUCUUACAAGGGUCUAUUUACCUGAUGCCAUUCCAAAUUUAAGCUGUAGCAGCACUUGUUAAAAGAAUAGAAAAGUUGAGAAUCAAGAUCCAUCUGUACAGCCUGAUGUUUUGGUUUCAUUGACUGGGCUGCACACACAUUUCUUUAACCAAAUCUCACUAUCCUUCCUAUCAAUAUAUUUUUAAAGAUUAUGUCUGAGGAUGUUAGAAAUUGAUUUUUUCCAGUAGUAUGUUUUAACUUUUGGUAUAAUUUACAGAUGUACCACGACUCUGAAAUCCAUUCUAUACCUGGCUUAUUCUGUUUUUAUACAGCCUCAAAUCGCAAACUUUCACUGCUCAGUUUUGAGGCUAAAAUAUUACCUUUAAUUCACAUUUUUAUAUUUUUCUUCAUAAUUCAACCUGUGUAAAUAGAACUGGGUAUUUCUUCAAAUAGAUGAUCUGCAUAUUCCAUCAGUGUAACCGAAGUAGUGAAAACCUAAUGGAGAAUUUUUACAGCAUUCCUGUAGCUGUUUAUUGGCUAACUAUUCAAGGUGAUAAUAUGACCUUUGUUUAGUGUUUCGUUUUUAAAGGUCACUUUUGUAUUGUAACUUAUUUUUUAUUAUGCCUUAAACUGUGUAAAUAAAAUGUUAGCAAUAAAUAAUUAUUUGCUUAU